UGAAUAAUGUCACCGAGGAUGUCUGGAAAUGUACAUCAUACACAUCCAAGAAGAGUGCGUUACUAAACUAUAAAAAUGAUUGGUUGUGUCUUAUGAUUCAAAUCUUUAAAAUUCUAUUUUAUUCAGUUUUAUUUUCAGUGUUUGUAUUUAUUAACACUUUUUCCGGUACUGUCGGAUGUUACUUCAAACAAUAUGGCGCCAAUGUUUGGGAAUUUCUGGUGAUUGCUCGUGUUGUGUUAUUCACUGCGUGUUCUGUACGACGUUCGUCAGCAUGGCUGAUGCAGUAGUCAGUAAACCUUUUUCCAAGAUAGAACACCAGUGCUUAGAAAAUCUUCGUCUUUUACUCUGGGGUCCAGAUCUCAAAGAUGAAGUGUUCUCAAGAUGGACGCAAGGGUUUAUUUUCAGCAAAGAUGAAACAACUGCUCUGGUUCAACUGGAAGGAGGCCCAUGUGCAGUAAUUGCUCCUGUGCAAGCAUUUUUGCUAAAAAAUGCUUUAUUCACAUCUAGAACUGACACUGUCAAUGACUUGUCCUUAGUCACAGAGGAUCAAGCAGCAAGGUACCUGCUGGAAUCUUUGGCAGAGCUGCUGGAGUCAAUGGGGACAGAUGUGUACACUCUGGUCAGUCUUGAUGAUGGCGACUUUGGCAACCCUUCUACCUCCAGUGAGAAUGCAGAGUCCUUGGAGUCUGGAGAAAGAAGCCCAAAACGUAGAAAAAUUGACCAGGAAACAUUCCAUAAUAAACUGAGGUGUGUUAAGUGUGAAGGUGCUGAGGAGAUGCGGCAACAACUAGAAAUAUUGUUAGCAGAAUACCAGCAAGAGUUUGGUGUUUUACUCUACCUCUACUCUUUGCUUUUGACUAAGGGAAUAGAACAGGUGAAAAAUGAAGUUGAGGAUCCAACUGAAGCUUUAAUAGAUGGGAUCUAUGGUCAUGGAAGGUAUUUCCUGAUUAACCUGUUUCUCACAUCAAGAGCAGUGACUAAUGUGUGGGAUAAUGAUAAGGAUGUUUCUGGUUUGAAGUUGCGAGGUGUUAAAAAACAAUCCACUAUUGGAUUCCUCACUUUGUUAGAGCAUCUACGAUACUGUGAAGUAGGAUGGUAUCUUAAAAAUCCAGAGUUUCCCAUAUGGCUACUAGGUAGUGAGACACAUUUAACAGUGCUUUUCUCCACAGAAAGGAAUUUAGUGGUAACAGAAACACCAGCUGCAAAUGCAAGGGUGGUAUUUUCACAAUAUGAUCCAGAAGGCAAUGGAUUUGUGUCUGCAAGCCUUUUGGGCGACAUCCUGACAGCCUUAGAUCUAGUUUCUGACCAAGAGUAUGUUGACAUCAUGCGCAACAAGCUAGAUGCAGAAGAACUAGGCAUCAUCACCCGAAGUAGCUUCAUGGAUGAAUUCUACCCAGAAGAUGAGAAUAGUUCCCCACUGCAGUUCACACUUUAUCACUACAAUGGUCUACCCCGAUCCUGUCUUUCUGGCAAGGUGCGAUAUCAGCAGUGUGUGGCACGAAUUGUGGAGGAUGUUGACACUCUCACCAUCACUGACACAUCUCCAGUCAGGUCUUGUCUUCAGACCAAGUGGCCCACGAUUGAGCUUAAGUGGCAGGCAGAGCAUCCCCCUUCACUGAACUAGACUGAUCUCAUUAGUGCUGUCUGUUCUUUCCCAAUGUGCAUGAUCUGUUGUUCAGCUUUAUGGUGAUAGUCACUAGUUCACCUUGACCAGUGUUGCCUCUUGAUAGUCACUAGUUCACCUUGUCCAGCAUUGCAUCUUGCCAGAGAACACUUUUGUCCAUUUUCGUUUUGAGAUCAUUGUAGUGGAGUCAUUUUCUUUAUGUUUUGUUUCCCUAUGUAACAUUGAGAUUUUAUUUUUAAAGUUCAGCAGUGAAAAUGAUUUAAAUGGAAAUAUUUUUUAUUGAUGCAGCAAAUAGCAAUCACUUAUUUUCAGCAGAACUUGAGGCAUAGAUUUGUCUCAGUAUAACUUGUAUAUGACAUUUUUUAACCUUCAGAGUGUUCACUUCUAACUAGAAUUUAACACUCCGAUGUUUCCUAACCACAAAAGACAAAACUUUGAGGUCUGGAAGAGUGUUAGUCUUAAAGGGCUGAUACUAAAUCCAUACACAAUAUAGAUCAAAGUAGAUCACAUCAUAAUAUGCAAACUUUUUGUACCAAAACUGCUAGUGAAAUAUUGAAGUAAUAUUUGGCACACCAUCACUUUGAAGCUUGCAGGUUCAUCUUGAGUUUUUGGGUAAUUCAUUACAAUAACAGAACAUCUAGCCUUCCCUUUCAUUCUAAAUUUUAUUCUUACAUGUGCAUGUCUUUUCCCUUAUUCAUUUUCAUGUACACACAUAUGCACAUUCAUUCCUUCUGGAACUCUAGAAAAUCUGUGCCUUGGCUGACCUUGAGCACUUUCUCUUCCAGAAUUCCAAAAGUGGUGCUGAAAUCAUUGUACUGUAAAUAGCAGUGUCAAUAUUGACAGCAUUGUCAGGCUUCUGUUGUGAUCUCUGGUGCUUCCUCUUUUUUCUUCCAAUUUAAAACUUUUUCUUAUUUUUGUUUUCGUUGUUUUCCGUAUAUUUCGUUCUUUUUUCUUUUUUGAUGUCUCUUAAGUGGUCUAGAUGGAUGACAUUGGAAGGGCAGUUAUCAGAAAUUAAGGGUGUUCAAUGGUAAAUAAGAGUGUUAAAACACUGGGCACUUUUUUCUGUUUGUUUCUAAAUAUCUCAAAAACUAUUUAAGACAAUCUCAUUGAGUGUCACGCUGCUUUUCCUUCUUAGUCUUUGCUUCAGCUUUGUCUCCAUAAUUUUAUCUGUGUAGAGUGCCAGACAUGCCCUUUUGUUCUUUGCAUUAUCUAUAUCUUGCUACUUCAGUUAAAGUAUGAUCAGAUAGCUGAAGUGUAGUCCAUAAAGUUCUGCUGACAUUGUUGCAAAACUAGGUAUGGCAACAUUUCAGCAGUCUCACUAUUUUGUAUGAUAUUCAUCAAAAGUUUGAGUAAUUAGCAGUUUGAACUAACUGCACAAGAUGUUCCUUUCCCAUGGUUUGCUAUGUUUUUGUUGAUUUUAGUUGUCCUGCUGUCUUCUUCCAUACCUCAUUCCCUUUAUCUGAGCUCAAAGACAAUAUUAUAGUGUUUAUCUGUUUAGAGUUUUCCAUUGUUUUACUUGCAGUAUUUAUUUGUGUGUGUAUGUGUGAGAGAGAGAGAGAAAAGUAGAAAUGUGCUACACAGUAAGAAUGAGGAGUUAAAGGUGUGCUUAUAAUUAAAUGUGUCUGUUAAUGAUUAAGCGAAUGCUUUGAGGACCAGUUCCAUAGUUCAAAGCACUGUGAAAACAAGACAGGACUCACAUUUUUCACAUAUCUUUGAACAAGAAUAGUCCAUUCUGCAUCUCUAAGGGCCAAUCUGACCACAGAUAUAUUGUACACUUAUUUUGCGUUGAAUCAUUUCUCUUUUGUAAAAUUUAUUUCUUUUGAUGGAAUUUUUGAUAAUUUUGUUCCAGUAGUUAUCCAUAAGGUUCAGUGAAUUUUAUAUUGCUGAAUGCUUCAGAUGUAGGAGUAAUAAUGUAUGUGUGAGUCGUAUGUAUGAAUAACAUUUCGCUCAGAUUUUUGUUUUUGUUUGCUGACAUCAUCACGUAGCAACGUGUUUUAGUUAAAUGGAGGUGCGUCUAAUGAAAAGUAUUUCCUUGAAAUUGAAAUUAAUCUUUUGAUGGUGGUGCAUAAUCCAUUAUCAUUUGCCUGUACAGCAAAGCUGGCAUCACACUUUUGUGACUUUUUACUGAUGCCCUUUGAAUGCUACAGAACACCUAUUCUUCUUUUAAUUAACAGCAUCCCCUCUCCAUCCCACUCCCAUUAUUUUUUUUCAAAGGAAUGAUGCAUCGGGUGCUAAAGAGGUUGUUAAACUACAAAACAUUUUGAGAUGUUUUAUUGGGAAGAAUGAGAGAAAAACUUUUGAUUGAUGCAUGCAGUUUAACAAAAAUGUUUAAGCACUCACUAAAUUCUAUCCUUAUGCUUCAGUUAUAAUUAAACUAGAACUCUUCUUUUAGCUCCAGCGGCCUUAUAGUUACUGUUCAUCAUUGUGUAAAGGUCCUGGAGGAAAUAAAUGCAUGCUGUGGCUUUUAAUGUUCUGAAGCAGACAGUUGCUUAGUUCUCCAGUUUUGCAAAAGUUACUUUCACCCCAGCAUACUCUCUGGCAUUUCUUAAGUCUGGCCUGUUGGUAUCUCUAAAAUGUUGCAGGAUUGUAAUAAAAUGGAUGUUAAUAACUAG